CAGCCUCCACCGCAGAAGAAGAAAGCUUGUGGUUACCUGGCAACCAAGCACGAGCGACGCGGCGCACAGGAAAAACAGUUAGCGCUAGCUGCUUAGAUAGCUGGAAACCCGUGUGAAGUAGAGUCCAGAAGAGUGCUCUCGUGAACCAGUGACUUUCUGUGACAGCCUCCCAGCAGCACUGCUAUGUCUUGGGCCUCCUGUGACAGCAACACCAGGCCAAAGUCCAUGAGCAGAGCCAAAGUUUGGACAGCCGAGGUGGAAAACCUGUACAGGUUCCAACAGGCUGGCUACAGAGAUGAACUGGAGUACAGACAAGUCAAACUAGUGGCCUUGAUCGACAAAUGGCCAGAGACUGGGUUUGUAAAGAAGCUCCAGCGUCGAGACAACACGUUUUAUUACUUCAACAGGAAAAGGGAAUGUCAGGACCAAGAUGUCCAUAAAGUCAAGAUCUAUGCGUAUUGACGUGAGCAGGACUCUGUGCUCCCGUCAACAGAGGAUGGAGCUUAGUUGUGAUGAUACAGCCACUGUCUGUCAGCUCAAACACAGCAGACACGCACACAGCUUCCUCAGUGAACCAGUGAAUAAAGGGAACUGGAACUUGAAAUCUGAGUUGGAUUUCACAGUUUCUUUUACAUUUAAUCAGAAUUGAGCGUAAUCUCGCUGCUCAAACUCCACACCUCUCCAUUUUUACAAAGGAAUAGGACACCCUGAAAUAAAAAAAAAUAAAAAAAAAUCUGUCAUUAUCUACCAAAUCCCAAGUCAUUUAUAACUCAACUAAAGUUAGCAGGACCUUCAAAUACAGUAAAUUAUUCCUGCAUGUGCAACUGGUGUAUUAUCAGAGAGGAUAAUAUAAUAUUUGAGAUCCACAGUGCAGUCAUGACAUGCUACACCACACUUGAAUCAUGCAGCACAAACUGUUUGGAGAAACUUGAUGGACAUUUUCUGUUUUUUUGUUUUUUGUUGACGCUGUAAAAAAAGAGGAGCCAUCUCGUAUUUCACUUUGGCACAAACUAUUUCAAUAAACUGGUUUUGGGAACUCA